CUGGUUUUCUUUCUUCCUUUUCGUCCAUCUAAACAAGGCAUUGGGACCUCCUCCCUCCCUGAAGAAGCAAAAAGGGUCAUCUUCUCAGCUUGCACGCGUCGACUUCCACGAACGGCGGACCAUGACUGAGAUUUGAACGGGUGCCAUCAAAAAUCACAGUUAACAAGGCUAACAGGAAUCUUGCUCGCCAGGUACAUCAUCUCCAGACGCCGUCUUUCGGGAUGAACCAAAAAUAACACACCAGUCACAUGCUUCGCACCUUACCACCAUGCACCACCGUAUGUAAUGGCCGCCGUUGCACCACCUUCGCCUGGCCAUGCUCUCAGGUAGGAUUAACUACCCUUCUCAACCAGGUCAGUCCGAGUGGCAGCCGAGAGGCGAGGCUGAUGCAAAGCCAUGGACGUUGAGCACAUCCAUUCUCAUUCCUUCCAAGCAGCCGGGCCUCUUGGGUUCACAUUAUGCUCCUCCUCGCUACCUCUGGUCGAGGUGGACUGGCUGUUGCACAACACCCCGGCCGACGUAUGAAGGCCUCGGUGCGACGGCCUCGAGGCAUCCUCUUGGUGCCCAUGAGGAUGAUUCCUCCUAUGGAGCCCGACAACGCCGGAAUUCGUUCACGUGGAACAGCCUCAUCAGGUUUGGGGAACCGGAGGCGGCGCUGACGCUGUUCUGCCGCAUGCUCCUCGACUCUGAUGCCUCCCCGGACAGGUUCACCUUCCCUUUCCUCCUCAAGGCCUGCUCCCGACUGCGCGCCCUCGAAGAAGGCCGUCAGCUCCACUGUUCCAUCCUCAAAAGCGGCUCUGCCGCCGCUGACGACCCUUUCGUCCUUAACACCCUUCUCCAUUUCUACGCCUCCUGCGGCAGCAUUGACGAUGCGCGGCGGCUCUUCGAUAGGUUGCUUCCUUCUAGGGACGUGGUCUCCUGGAACGCCUUGCUCGGCCACGAGGCCGAGCCCCUUGAGUUCUUCGGACGGAUGCUCGGGGAGUCGGAGGCGCGGCCCGACGGGUUCACCUUCUCCCUUUUGCUCAGGGCCUGCACGCGCUCGUCCUCCACCCUCCGAGAAGGGAAGCAGGUUCAUGCCCACAUCUGCAAGAGCCGCUUUUCUGACGAUGUCUUCGUCUGUAACGCCCUCAUCCACAUGUAUUGCGGUGCCUACCAAAUCGAGGCCGGUCGCCAACUGUUCGACAGAAUGCCUAGCAGGGAUCCCGUCUCCUGGAACACCAUCAUCGAUGGUUUCGUCAAGAACGAUAAGAUGGCCGUCGCUCGGCAGCUGUUCGACUCGAUGCCUGCGAGUAUGAGAAGCCUGAUCGCUUUCAACACCAUGAUUAGCGGGUACGCCAAGGCGGGCGACGUGGAUGAGGCCUGCCGGAUCUUCAACUCGAUGCCCGAGAGAGACUCGGUGACUUGGAACACGAUGAUCAAUGGGUAUGCCAAGGUCGGGAGGAUGGAUCUUGCGCGUCAACUGUUCGACCAAAUGCCGGAAAGGGACACGGUGUCCUGGUCGCAUGUGAUCAAUGGGUACGCGAAGGUCGGGAGAAUCGACCUUGCUCGUUCCUUGUUCGACGAAAUGCCUCGGAGAGAUGUGCUCUCCUGGAAUGUUAUGAUCGCCGGAUACGUAGAGAGCGGGCUUUGUGAUGAUGCCUUGAACGUCUUCCACGAGAUGAAGUUAUUAGGCUUCAUCCCCGACCGUGCCACCUUGGUGAUCGCCCUCUCUGCUACUGCUGAUUUGGGUUCCCUGGACGAAGGAAGACGGAUACACGAUGACAUCAACAGAAACAAUGUCCCAGUGGAUGGCGUACUUGGUGCUGCCCUUUUGGACAUGUACUGCAAAUGUGGAGCCAUGGACGCUGCCAUCCAAAUCUUCAGGACGCUGCAACACAAGGAACUCGACCACUGGAACACUAUGAUCGGUGGGCUCGCUCUGCAUGGCGACACCGAUGCUGCACUUGCCCUCUUCUCUGAAAUGGAGAAGCAGCCGCUGCAGCCCAACGACAUCACCUUCAUCGCUGUCCUGACAGCAUGCAGCCAUGGAGGGCUGGUGCAUGAGGGGAGGCUAUAUUUUGAGUUCAUGAGGACUGCCUACAACAUAAAACCCAAGGUGCAGCACUACGGCUGCAUGGUCGACAUUCUCGGCCGCGCUGGUCUGCUGGAAGAGGCAAUGCAACUCGUAGGGGAGAUGCCGAUGGAACCAAAUGCCGUGGUGUGGAGAUCUCUGCUGGGAGCAUGCAGGAACCACGGCAACUUGGAAAUCGGGGCCAUGUCUGCCGGCCGCCUUAUUGAGCUCGACCCUCAAGACUCUAGCACCUACAUCUUGCUAUCAAACUUAUAUGCCUCCAUGGGAAUGUGGGAUGACGCCAACAGCAUCAGGAAGAUGAUGAGAGCAAAAGAAAUAAGGAAGGUGCCUGGUUGUAGCUCGAUAGAAGUGGAUGGUGGUGUCUACCAUUUCUUGGUAGGUGACCGAUCUCAUCCGCAAUCCGAUGAGAUGUAUUCCCUAUUGAGUGCGAUGAAUGACGAAUUGGGAUCGGCUGGAUACGUUGCAUAUGCAACAGAUAUCGUCUUCUGUGGAUGAUCAUUCCAAAAUGAACAAACUGUGAUGCUGUUUCUGCUUGCUCUCCGGCAGAACGUUCAGUACUCCCACGAUCUGACUUGAAUUACAGGAACAGGUCGAGAUCUUUUGGCAAACUCUGUAAAGUUGUGAUGUGUCAUGUUGCAAAAGUAUAUAAAUAUGAAAGUUAUUUGCAGAUCGCCUUAGGCAUGAAGAGGAAGACAAAUUAUAUCUUCCAUACUUGAUUUGGUUUAAGAAUAUAUUAGUCAUGCCACCUGA